AUGGCUUUCUUUUCCUUGCGGGCCGCUCCGCGCCUUCUCGCCGCAGCAUUCGCUUUUUCCUCUUUGGCCGCGGCUGCUGACAAUGCCACCGAGCCCUUGUCUACUUUCUAUUCUCGCGCAGACUUGAACGCACCGGCUCUGGACUGUUCUCUUCAGAAGACUGACUCUGUCUCACCUGGCUACAUCUUCAUUGCGCCAUAUGGCGCAAGCCAAUCCGCCCCGUACAUCUAUGAUAAGUCUUGCAACCUUGUUUGGAGCGGCUAUGGCAUUGGCGGCGUCGAAGCCUCCCACAACCUCCAAGUCUGCAGCUACAAUGGUGCCGACCACCUCUGCUUCAUGCAGGGUAACCAGCUGCACGGUUAUGCUCGUGGCCAUGGCACGAUCCUGGACAACACCUACACUAUCGUCAAGUCCGUUGGUACUGGCGGCAACGCCCCUGCCGUGGAUAUGCACGAGUUCAACCUGAUCGACGAGGGCAAGAGCGCUUUGGUCACUUCUUACCGCCAGUACCCUUAUGAUUUGAGCGAGUACAACAUCACUGGUGGUGUUGGCUACGUCCUGGAGGGUAUUUUCCAGGAGAUCGAGGUCGACACUGGCAAGGUUCUUUUCGACUGGCACUCGUCCGACCACAUUCCUCUGAACUACUCUUACGUCCUGCCUAACAGCUCUGACACUGCCGGCACUGGCUUGUCUCCCUCUGUGGCUUGGGAUUAUUUCCACAUCAACGCCAUUGACAAGUCUUCGUACUCGAACACUUACCUGAUCUCUUCGCGCCACACUUCUUCCAUCUACCAGCUCAACUCCACUGAUGGCAGCAUCAUCUGGAAGCUCUCGGCCGGUGGACUCACCGACUUCGAUUGCACCAACUUCGCUUUCUCUUACCAGCACGAUGUGCGCUAUGUUUCUGAGAACACGACUCACACUGUCAUUUCUCUAUUCGACAACGCCUCCAACAACUACAACCAGACCAGCGACGAAUCUUCCGGCAUGGUCAUCUCCAUCAACCACGACGAGAAGACGGCCACGCUCGUGUCUCAGUUCAAGGCGCCCGUCGACGGCGGUCUGCUCAGCAGCUCGCAGGGCAACAUGCAGACGCUGCCCAACGGCGGCGCCUUCAACGGCUGGGGCUCCAACAACGCCAUCACGGAGUACGCCGCCGAUGGCACGCCCGUCCUGCACGCAACCUUCGGCAACUACCCGGUCAUGAACUACCGCGCUUUCAGCUUCAACUGGACGGCCGCGCCAACAACCACUCCGGCUCUCUACGCCUACGCCAAGAACGCCACCGCCCCCACCGCGCUCUACGUCUCCUGGAACGGCGCCACCGAAGUCCGCACCUGGCGCUUCUUCGGCGGCGACAGCGCCGCUGCCGUCGAGAAGCAGAUCGGUGAGACGGACAAGGGGGGCUUCGAGACCGGCUUCCAGACCGACGGCUUCAGUGCGUAUGUUUAUGCUGAGGCGCUGGAUGCGGAUGGCAAGAGCUUGGGCAAGUCGUCGGUUCUGCAGACGUUCGUCCCUAACGCUCUGUAUGCGGAUAGCUGCGAUGAUGUCUCCUGCCCGCAGGCGACGGGCUAUUCGACUUGA